UGUGCGCGCUCCCGCGACGUUGCUGCCAUGGUGACCGGUUUGUAGUGAGUCCAGGCACUGGAGGUGGGAGCAAGGGGCCGGCUCGCCAGGAAAUAAUGGAUGAAGACAAACUGCUGGAAGAAGCCAUUGAGGCUGAAUUAAGCAAAAUCCAGAUUUCUCCAUCAGAAAUAGUGGAAUCCGAGGAGGAAGAAUUGGAGGAGGAUAUUCUCAUUGAAUCAGAUCCUGAUGCAGAUGACUUGCCCACAUCUGUCAUUUACUACUUGGAACAAAUGAAACAAAGAGGAGAAGCUAUGGAAAAGCUGAUUCUCCAGGAUUUAGAGCAGCUCGAGCAUGUUGAUAAUCCUGUUCAGAAUUGUCCUGGAUCAGAAAUGUUGAUAGAGUUGGCUUCUGAAUUUGGAGACGAUCAUUUAAACUUGAAGGAGAGGAUAUUAGCCCAAAUAGAGGAAGAGGAGGAAGAACAAAGUAAAGAUAUAGAACCUCAGCAGAACAUAAACUCUGAUUUUCAAAUGGAGACAGCUGAUCAGCCUCGAGAGGAUGAGGGAAUUUCCGAUAAUGAAGAUGUUAUAACUUUCAAAUGUAAAGAAGUGGAGGAGCGUUGCUGGCUGACACUGCAGCAAUGGGAGCUCGAAGAAAAAAGACGACAGAAAACCAAGCUGGCAGAGCUCAUGGAAUGGAGGGAAAAAGAGAAGAAACAAGUAGAGGAGGAAGUGGAGAGAGCUAAGAGUAGGCAGCAGCAAUUUGAAGAAAAACUAGAGAAACUGACAGAAGAGAGGCAGCAACAGCAGACUAAGCUAGAAGAGAAAAUCAGACAAGACCAGGAGGCUUUGGAAAAGGAGUUGAAGCAUCAUGAGGCACUAAUACGAUCAAUGCAAAUUAAACUGGAUGAAGAGCGAAGAAUCUUUGAAGAGCAGCAGGAAAAAGAGAGGAAACGAGUGGAAGAGUUGCAUUACAGAGCAGCAACAACCAUUCAGGCAAGAUUUCGGACAUAUUUAAUACUUAAAGAAUAUGCUCCAAUAUUGAAGGAGAAAUGGAAUGAAAGGAAGAGAAAAAAAGACCUCCAGCUAAAGAUGGCACAAGAAAGAAAAGAUUUUGAAGAGAAAAUUAAAAAGAAACUAGAAGAACAAAACCGCAUUGAAGAGGAGGAAAGAAGAAAGCAGGAAGAAUCUGUACGGCUGCAAAGGGAAGAACGGAAACAAAGACGUGCUGAAUAUGAAAAGAAAAAGGAACAGGAGCGACAAAGGUUAGAAAAGGAGAGACAAAUGAAAGUGGAAAAACUACAGAAACUACAGGAAGAGGAGAGACAAAAAGAACUACAAAAUAAGAAAAAGGAAGAAGAACAAAAGGAAGCAGAAGAAAAGUUGCUAGAAGAAAAAAAGAACAAAGAAGGCAUAGAACAAAUGGAGAGAAAAACUGAGAAGAAAGUUAUGCUCCAGCGUAGUGAAGAAGUUACUACUAAUUCCAGCAUGAAGGAAAAUAAAACACUCAAAGACAAUGAUAAUAGUCCAGAUAAUUUAUAUGUUCAUACGAAUGAAAAUAUAUAUUUGCCUCCUAAUAUACAGGACACUUCUCUCAUAAGUCCCAGUAAAAUUGAAGGUCAUUGUACUGUAAGAAGAGCUUCAGAUGCAAAAGUUGAAAAGAAACUUCCAGCUGAAGAGAUGGUAGAAGGUAAAGCAGAGAAUACACUUGCCAUUGAAUCUAAUGACACGGUACCCAAAAACAACAUAUGGCAAGAAGUUAUUCCUUGUGCGGUUGCAGACACAUUCCCUGGCAAAUUAUCAGGUGGCAGUCGAUCUGUAUUAAAUAAUAAUGAUGGUAGGAUACAAAAUGAAGCCCAGAUUGAUGCUUACAAAGUAAUUGAAAACAUAGAUAUUGGCUUUCAGAACACCUUUACCAGAGGGCUUGCUCUUCCUGAUCACAUUGAGCAAAAGAGAUUAAAUUGGAUGAAAACAUGCAUUCCUUGGUCCAAAAUUUCCAGCGAAAACAAGAGAAAAAAAGUGAAGCAACAGAUGAAACUCCGAAAUAAUCCUGUCAGCAGACUGCCUGCUCUGAAUCCUGAAACAAUACUGCAGUCAGGUGUUUGGACCUCACUUCAGCAGGUUACAACAGUCACUCUUCAAGAUUUGCCAGGCUGCAGCCUGUCCACACUUUCACAGUGUCCCAGACUUAAGUCACUAAUACUCCGAAACUGUCGACUAGAGACAUUAGAGGGUGUCAGCAAUUGCAAAAGUUUAAAGUACAUUGAUGUACAGGAAAAUAACAUCAAGAGUAUCCAUGGCCUUGAGUUAGAAGAUCUCUGUGUUCUUCUGCUCAGUCAUAAUCAGAUCACCUCUGUGCAUGGUCUGGAGAAAUGCACCAACCUACGCAUCCUUGAAUUAUCACACAAUAACAUCACUCGGAUAGGUGGUCUGGAAUCUCUUAAGAAACUCCAGAGGCUGGUUGUAGAUCAUAAUCAGUUGAUAAGCACCAAAGGUUUAAGCGAAACUCCGACACUUCUGUACCUUGAUUGCUCCUUUAACCAUCUCAGCAGCAUUGAAGGUAUUGAUAACUGUGGACUUCUUCAGACCCUGAAGUUACAAAACAACAACCUUUCUGAGUUACCCAGAUUUGGAAAUCAUGUGUUACUGCGUGACCUGCGUUUGGAUGACAAUAGUAUCUCCACUCUGAAGGAGCUGUCUGAUUACUGGCUGCCAAUGCUUCAACAUCUCUCUGUUUCUCAGAACAGUCUGAUGCACCUUACAGACAUGUCUGAGUUUCAGCUGUUGGAAAGAUUCAACAUUAGCAAUAAUCGUUUGUCAGAUCUCAAGAGCUUGCUUUUAUGUCUUAAUGGAUGUCAUAAUCUCCUGGAGUUGACGCUAGAUGAGAAUCCAUUUCAGCAAGAGUCAGGCUGGAGAUUUUCAAUCCUAAAAAUCCUGCCAAACUUGGAGGUGGUGGAUGGUGAGAGAAUUAGUUCCAUUGAUGAUGCUUCUGCAGAGAGGCUUAGCAAACCUUCAGCAGGGAGUUUCCUGGCUCUGUGUCAGACCCAGCUUCAGGACAUUGAAUUAUUACACAGGAGACAUGAAACUGAACUGGAAUCGAAUUCUUUGGAGAUUGCAGAUAUACAUUCUCAUCACUGUGAGGAACUGAUGCACUUGGCUGAAGAAUGUAGAUAUGCUCAUGAAUAUGGAGAGUUAUGUACUACUGAAGGGAAGAAACACCCUAAUGGUCCUGAUGAGGAAGAAUUCUGUUGUGGAAAGCAACUCAAGAAGCUGGCUAUUAAUUGUACAAAAGUAAAUAGCUGGAACACUGACCACAUAGUGGAUUCUAACCAGGUUCAGGCUGCUGAUACCCACAUUUAUGGAAACAGAAAGCAAAGUGACUAUUCACACACAGUUUAUCAGGAUUCCAAGGACUGUGACCCCAGAUUCCUUGCAAACCUGGAAGGAAAUGCUACUUCUCUGCAAGAUUUCAGAAUAGAGCAAGGUCAAACACAUUCUGAAUCCAACAGAAUGGCAACUGAAUCACAGAAUGAAGCGAGUUUGAAAAGGAGACAUCAACAACAAAUUUCAGAGGAUAAAGUUAAAAACUGUGCAGCUACUGUCUUACAAUCCCACUGGCGGGGGUACAUCAUUCGUAGAGAUAUUCUUAAGUACAUGGUACUUCGUAAUGCAGCUUCAGUGAUUCAAACUGCAUGGAGAGAUUACUGCAACAGAAAGAACGUUGCUUUCCAGUACAGUGCUAACAAGCCACCUGAGAAACGGAAGUUAUUUGAUGACAGUGAUGAGAACAGAAAUAGAGCAAUCAUUAUCAUCCAGGCACAUUGGCGAGGCUGCCUCCUACGGAAGAAGUUGUCUUACGCUUUAGCAGCUGUUCAUGCUGAGGAAGAGGAUGAAUUUGAAGAAGUUAAUUUGAAUGAAUUUGUAUUUGAUGAGGCCACCUUGGACAAGGAUUGGAUAAACCUAGAUCCUCGGGUUUCUUCUCAAAAUCUCCCAAUUACAAAUUCUGACCUGCAACCCAAGACCCUCGCUCAUUAUGCUCCUGAUUCAUUUACCUUACCAAGGCAACCACAACUGGCAUGGCAAGGAGAUGAUAUCAAUACUGUUGAAAAAUAUGAAAAUCCAUCCUCUUCACUGCUUCAGCUACACUCACCCAGCAGAACAUUGUCAGCAUUAUCUGAGGCUACAUCUUGGGGUAAGCAAAGCUACAUGUCAGAGAAAGAAGAAAAGAUCUCUCUGGAAUGGGGCUUUAAAGAUGUCCACACUGCACAACUGAUGCUGAAACGAGCUCAGAAAAUGAAAUCCAAGAAAGCAGAGGCUAAAAAAUUGCAGGACCCAGUAGCUCGAUUGGCUUUGUUCAAGAAUAAGAAAAAUAAAUACCUUCCCACAAAAUCAUCAAAGAAGAUACGUGACUGUGUGAAAUAUUUUAAUGUGCCUGAAGAACCCAGUCACCAAGACACAACCUCAGCGGAGUUGCUACCAACAAGCAGAGAACUAACUUAUCAAUGGCUUCACACACAAGUUGCCAACUAUGAAGAAACUAAUUCCAGAAAUAAGAAACAUCAUCAUUUUUUGCCAGAGAUGGACCCAGAAGUAUUGAAUGGUGGUCGUGUUCAACUCAUGGCAAGUCCUGUAGGCAGAGAAAGCUCCGACUUAGACUUGGUCUCCGUAACCAAUAGCAGUACUAUAAACCAACAAAAUAACAGAGUCAAGGUUAGUCGCUGGCAUUCGUCAGGAUCUACAAAAGCCACUGUACCACCAAAGACUGGCUGCAAACCUUUGAAGCAUGAACGCCUAUCCUUUCGUGACAAUCAAAUGCAUCUUAGUACAGGAUGGGGAACUGGGAAGAGGAGAGGAAAAUCUUCCUAAUCAUUACAAAAUUAAUAAAUAUGUCUAUUAUCAUAAAGGUUACGCCACUAAAAUUUAAAAUGUUUAGCUAACACAUUUGGCCAGAAAUUUCAAUCAUAAUUGUAAAUGUGACCAUUUUAUUUUUAGUUGUCUGACGAAGCUGUUGAACAAAACAAUGGUUAUUGAUGAGGAUUUCAUUAUGGAAAGACUGUUAACUGUUGUAUCAUUUUAUUCCAAUAUAUAUUGAUUACAGGAAUUUUGUAGUCUCGACUAGUGAUUUUCACAAAGGCAAAAUCUAAAAUGCAAAACUUGCAUAUACAAUGUGGUAAUUCUUAUGCCCAGCUAUCAGAACACUAUACUCACUGCAGUGACAGAACACAAUUCACCUAAUCUAUGUGAAAUGUAUUAUAUUAGAAUGUGUUCAAAGAUCUGUCUGUUUUUAAAUAGUUAAUGUCAGUGUAUUAUAACUCUGUCUCAAACCAUGAUUUCAUUUUGUAGCUGUCCAUAAUCCAGAGAAUAUAGUUUUCACAUAAAUUAAAACAAUUGAUGCAUCACUAUCAGUAUAUUAUCCUUGAAUGAUAGUAUGACAUUAUCACUCUUCAACAAUUCAUACCCCAAAAUCAAAUGAGCAGCUUAACCAACUUUCCUCUAUUCUGCUUAAGAAAAGCUCCUAUCUUGCACUUUCACUGAUUGCACAUGCUUCUUUUAAUCAUAACUUUGUAAAUUAUAGAUAAUGCUUUGGAGGACCCAGGCCUAAAUUUGUAAUUGUGUCUGCAGCUAAAUGGGAAACCAAUUUCUUUCAUGCUUUUUGUGCAUAAUUUCAUUCCAUUCAAAUAUUCUUUCAUAAUGACCAGACUUUAUUUUUUUCUGAUUGAAGUGAGUUUUGUGCAUUGUACCAUAACAAUUUUCUAUAUUUUACUGUCUUUGAAAUAUGUGCAGUGAUAAUCUGAAAAAAACUGAUGUCUGUAUUCAAAGCAGGGUUUGCAUUUCAUUGUUUAAUUGAGUGUUUCAUUCAAAGAAAAGAACUAUGGAUAACAAAUCAAAUUCCAAAGGCAAUCUCAAACAGUCUCAGCAACAAUAAUCUGUGUUUCAGAUCAGCUUUUCAGAGCAGCAAAUGAUUUUCAUUAUAUUACAGGCAACAACAGCUUUAAUGUUUAAAAGUGACAAUUAUAGUUUUCAUCCUAGCCUUUUGUUAUAAUUUCUUCAGCAGAUAUGAGUAUUUUUAUCACGUUUUAAAAUUGGGGUAAGUUCAGGCAUCUUGCAUUUUAGAUUUGCAGCUUAAAGAAAACUGAAGUUAGAACAAAAAGUGAUGAAGGGAGUUUGCCAGGAUGAUGCUGAAAGGUGGCAAAAAAAUCUUAACAGUGGACGUUGGCAUUAAGAUAGUGUCAUCUCACUGAGCAUGAAACUAGAACAAGGAACGGGAAAAUGUGCGAGGGCGCUGGACAUUGGUCUGAACCCGGGCACGUCGUUGUCUACACCUCUGCUAGCCUCGCAUUUCAGUUAGGAGACUGCAUAUGGUUAUUUGAGCGGAUAGAGGCUCGCCUGAAAAGAAAAUCCAAGAUCGUUCAGUGAAUCACUUGACUGUUGUACACUUGGCUAUUUCAGAUAUGAACUUGCGCCAGAGCAAAACUUAAAUGUAAUAUUAACUGAUUAGAUGCAGAGUCCAUCAACAGCCUGUAAUUUCUCUUUACCGAUAGUGACUGAUCUGAUGUGUUAUUUGCAACUUUUUUGGGGAUGCAACCAGGAAUUUGAUAAGAAUUUAACGUCGGCAAUGAUUUUCUUUUUAAUGUUAGUGUUGAACAGUUACAACCGCAUUGCAUCAGCAGGAAUAUAACGAUACCCUGACAAGUGUGAUCAUUCCUAGAAGAAAUUGAUACGCUACAGCUCCGCUGCAAAAUGCAAAACAGGCCGAUGCCAAUAUUUUUACACAGUUCUUUUAUAAUCCUUGUUAUCGUUUUGUUCCACUUCUCACAAUUCUGUAUACUAUCUUCCCGUACAGCAUCCAUAUUAUUCACAUAGGCUAACCCCUGUGGAACAUUUCAGUGGAAAUAAACUAGAAUAUAAGUAGUAUAUAUUCUAAGGAAACCCUGAAGUCAACAAUCUAUAGGGUCCUUUUUUUUUACAUUCUUCCUGUUGGUUCCCAAUAUGGACAUUGCUGGAUUCCUCGCACGCAUUGUCAACGUGUCUUGAGAGAAUAGUUCUGCCCGUCCUGAGGUAUCAUUCGAUAAUUAAACACCGCUUAAAAGUAAUAAUCGCACUACCUGUGUGUCAUCUGCUUCUGGAAUGCUCUGAUUGCAGAAAACGUCGAAUAUAUGUGUUUGCCAAGUUAAGAGGGAAAAAAAAACUCACGCAGCAAACCCAAACAAAAAGACAGAGUAGAAAGUUGUAUUGUUGCACCUUAGUUUUGAUUACUUCAAAUGAUUUAACAGAACAGCUGAUUAAAGAUCACCAAACGUCGAUCAUAAACGACCCUGAAAUGCACGGUAAGAGUACAAUUAUUUUGCAAAUCUCUAAAACGGUUUACAUAAUAUUUGCCCUAAACUUAACUUGUCGUAUUUUCAAGAUAGAGGUGGUUCUUGUUGUCAGUAGCACGAUUUAACAUGUCUGAGUGAUGGUUCGAGACCCUCGGGGUGGUUGUAAAUGUCUUGUUCACUUUGAAUCAGCAGAAUGAUUUCAAAUUGCACCUGAUGUUCGCAUUCCGAUUCGGGCCGCUACAGUUGUCCAAUAUUGCCUCUUUUGUGUUUGUUGCUUUAAACCGUCUCGCGAUCUAUCCUCAGCAGAAGCGUGAUCGGACCUGCUGAGUCUGUGCUGUCACACUGCUUCAUGUGAAAAGUUAACCCGUGGAGCUGUCACAAUGCAAACCGUGUUUGCAGUCCAUGCUUGUGGAGCCCACGUGUAAACA